ACGCGAGCUCCUUCAAGAGUGGAAGAGCUCUGUCCUCUAACACUUGUUUUAGUCAGUAUCUCUUUAAACGUCAUUUAAUGAGCAAGUGUCCUGGUUUUGAUAGUUUUACGGACCGACGUGUUGAUGUUGAGAGCAGCUGAAAGACCAGAGUAACUACAGCUCGAUAAGAUAUAACGUUACGUUUAUAUCGACAGGUUAGCUACAUUAACUUAGCUUAGCCGAUCUUGGCUAACUGAAUCAGCAAAAAUCAAUUUAGUCUUCAACCCAUCCUACAUUGAACAUGAAAGCUGCUGAGGACCAGGUUGUCGAAGAGGAUACUAGUUUUCAGGAUGAAGAGGAAGUCUUCUUCCAAGACAUUGACCUCCUCCAGAAACAUGGGAUUAAUGUGGCAGACAUUAAAAAGAUGAAGUUAGUGGGUAUCUGCACUGUAAAGGGGAUCCAGAUGACGACUCGAAAGGCUUUGUGCAACAUCAAGGGUCUGUCAGAGGCAAAGGUGGAAAAGAUCAAGGAGGCUGCUGGUAAAAUGCUGAAUGUUGGUUUCCAGACCGCCUUUGAGUACAGUACGAAGAGGAAGCAGGUGUUCAACAUCACAACCGGCAGCCAGGAGUUUGAUAAACUUUUGGGUGGAGGUAUAGAGAGUAUGGCUAUCACGGAGGCCUUUGGAGAGUUCCGCACAGGGAAAACCCAGCUGUCUCACACGUUCUGUGUCACGGCUCAGCUGCCAGGCGAGGAUGGCUACUCUGGCGGAAAAGUGAUCUUCAUUGACACAGAGAACACCUUUCGUCCAGACAGACUGAGAGACAUCGCUGACAGGUUUAAUGUGGACCACGGUGCUGUGCUGGACAACGUGCUAUACGCCCGGGCCUAUACCAGUGAACACCAGAUGGAGCUGUUGGACUUUGUAGCUGCCAAAUUCCAUGAAGAAGGAGGAGUGUUCAAACUUUUGAUCAUCGACUCCAUCAUGGCUCUGUUCAGAGUAGACUUUUCUGGUCGAGGCGAGCUGGCUGAGCGGCAGCAGAAACUGGCCCAGAUGCUUUCCAGGCUGCAGAAGAUCUCUGAAGAGUACAACGUAGCUGUGUUUAUCACCAACCAAAUGACAGCUGAUCCCGGUGCAGGAAUGUCAUUUCAAGCUGAUCCCAAGAAGCCAAUUGGUGGGCACAUCCUGGCCCACGCCUCCACCACACGGAUCAGCUUGAGGAAAGGGCGUGCAGAGAUGAGAAUUGCCAAAAUAUUUGACAGUCCCGAUAUGCCUGAGAACGAGGCCACAUUUGCCAUCUCUGCUGGAGGAGUUACUGAUGCCAAAGAGUGACGGAUGAAAGGAAGAGAGACACACGUGUUCACAUAGUGCCCUGUUACCACCAGUUUAAAGUUAUUUCAGGUAUUUGUAAUGGAUUUAUUUAUUGAGCUUUAUACUUUUUAUAUAAUAUAUUAACUUCUUAAAGUUACACCGACAAUCUAGUACCAUGGUACUUUUGAUGUAUUUAUUCUACACUUUGUAGUAUGUUUUUCCUGUGUUUUGAUGCUGGAAUAAAUACAAAAAAA